AUGCGUCGCAACCAGGUUUACCAACACGAGUAUAGGCAAGGUUCCACUCGAACUGACUCUGUUACCGACUCAGACAACGGCGAAGCGCCCAAGAGACGAGAGCGCAAGUACACCGUAAUCAACCAAACCACCAACACACGCUCUGUUAUAAGCGACUGCGACACAGAUACAGAAAGCCAUACCACAGAAUCGCCCGACAACCCAGCACCUGAAUACAUUGCUGUUCAUCAAAAGGAUAAACCACGCUCCGUUUUAAGCGAUUGCUUCACAGACACAGAUAGCAAUACUACGGAAAAGCGGAACAGGCGAGGAGCUAUAAAGGUCGCCUUCGGGCGAAACGAUCAGCCACGACUUGUUCUAAGCGAUUGCGACACCGAGAGCAAAGCAGGUAGCGAUAGCACGGAAGUACCUGACAGAUGGGGACUAGAAUAUACCGCUCCGUGGGACAUCAACACACCACGAUCUCCUUUAGACAACCAUGCUACUGGUGUAGCUACCACACGAGCGCCCAACAUAGGCAACAAGGUACCAAUCAACAGCCGUCUGCUUCUCAAAAGAAGUUCCAAAGAUCUCAGAAAGAGCACCCAUCACUUGUCGACAUGGAAUGAGACCAAAAUUCUACCUGAAAUCACAGCAUCAGGCCGGCAUGGACUGCGCAAAGCCAAGUCGUGGUUUGCAGAGAAGAUACAGGGCCGUAACGAGCCGCCUCCCAGUGCUGAAGAAGCUGCUAAGAGAAAAGAGGAAGCCGAGAAAGCGGCUGCUGCGGAGAAGCUGAUCUUGCAUGUGUGA